AUGGGGCCUCGGAAACUGGUCGACGAUGUAGUCGAACAACUCUCAUUGCCACAGGUUGUUGAAACCUCACGGCAUGAUCAACCUGGCUACUGGCGCGAUGACCCAAUGACACUUCUCGCGAAAGCCAACUUCCAAGGCGUGGCAUUUGGAACUGGCCUUCAGGUCUACGCCAAUAUGAUCCUGCCAGCUAUUGAACAAGCACAACAUGAAGUAAUACUAGUGACUUGCUUCUGGGCACGUUCAUCGACGUUAGACGACCUCAACACCACACUCCAGACGCUCUCUGCAAGAGCAGUUCAAGAUGGAAGGCAGAUCAGAGUACGGAUCUGCUUCUCUUCCUCAUCAUUAUGGCAGAAACUGCUACAAACCUCUUCAGUAGACGGUCGACACUGGAGUUCUACCCGAUGGCGGCAAGAUCUGGGUCUACCUUCGGAGGCGGAAGUGCCUGGACUAGAUUUGAGAGUCAAGAGCAUCUUUCAGCUGCCAUUCAGUGUCAUGCAUCCGAAGUUUGUGAUCAUCGAUCGCCAGACCAUACUUCUUCCUAGCUGCAAUGUGAGCUGGGAGGUGUGGUUCGAAGGCUGUCUAAGCAUGGAUGGGCCGGUUGUUCGGCAGUUCGUCCGUUUCUGGUUGGAGUUCUGGGCAGACUCGGACGAUCGUGUUGAUGUGACCGAUGGGGACACUCAGGUAUCGCAGCAAUGCAAGCUGGUUUCGAGUGCCAGCAAAGGGUUGCUAUCAAGUGCAGAGCUCAACGCUGCAUCUGUGGACACGUUGUUCCUCCCCUCGCCACACCACCGCUUCAGCGUGCCAUGGCUGACUUCGGAUCGCCCGCCACCGACACCACUGAACAUCUACCUGCUCACGUUGAUCUCUCGAGCCGAGCGAGAAGUACAUGUCCAGACACCUAACUUAACUUUUGGUCCUUGCAUCGAAGCCCUUCUAGCUGCGUGCAAACGCGGCGUACAGGUGACAGUCUUCACAAGCCGAAGGUUGAUGGUACUCGAACAGAUUGUGACAGCUGGGACGACUACAGCGCGGUGUGUGCAGAAUCUGGUCAAGCAGCAUAAGAGGCUGCUAUCGACUGCUAAGGACGUGAGCCAUGAGGAUCUUGAAGCGGGAUUGAUGCGGACUGGACCUGGACGACUUGUCGUCAAGUACUACGAGCCGCGUGGCGACGGCGGUUUGAACGAGCCGCAGCAGUCUCACGUGAAGCUGACUAUAGUGGACGGGAGCAUUGCUGUCUUUGGAAGUGGUAAUAUGGAUCGAGCGAGCUGGCACACGAGUCAAGAGCUUGGGUUGGCUUUGACUUCGAAAGAUGUGGUUGGAACGGUGACUCGCUGCUUGAAUGAAGCUAUGGACGGCCGGACGAUCGUCCACUACGAUAGCACUGCUGUUGUUGAUACAUGGUCAUAA